CUUCUACAAUUUAUACCUGCAUUUCUUUUUGCCAAGACAAACAAAUCCUGGAGGUUAAAUUCCACUGCACAACACUACAAACAACAGCAUGCGGGGCAUUAAUGGUCUAUUUGAUCAUUAAAGCAUUUCACCUAAAACUGCAGCCACACAGAGAUAAACUUCCAGCAGACAUGGGAUGGACCUACUGUGUUAUAUGGUUUCUGUGUUUGUCAGUGAGCGAGUGCUGGAAGCUGCUUGCAACACAUGGGGAGGUCCAGUCCCCUCAGUAUCCACAGCCGUACCUUCCCAACAUGCUGCAGCAAUGGGACCUCAGGGUUCCCAAGGGCUACCAGGUCCAGCUGUCACUCACACACCUGGAUAUUAAAUUCUCUUUUGGCUGCUAUAAAGACUCUCUGACGGUCCUCUAUGAUCACAUGAUCUUGGGAAAGUUUUGUGGCCAGGAAAAUUCAACUGGCCACCCAGGCAACGAGUCGAUCAUUUCUCAAGGAAACACAAUGACGCUCAUAUUCCAAACAAGAGACUUUGCUCCUGAGCUUCAACAGCACGUUGGUUUCUCUGCUACCUACGACGCAAUAGACAUGGAUGAGUGUUCACAGCAAGACCCCGACUCAGAUCCACUCUGCUAUCAGAUCUGCAUCAACAUUCCUGGUUCUUAUCGCUGCUCCUGUCACCGCGGUUACAAACUUCAUGUAGACCAGCAUACAUGUCAGCUCUCCUGUGGGCGUCAGACAUUUGACAAGCAUGAAGGACAUCUGGCCAGUCCAAGAUACCCUCACCCUUCACCUCCUUCUCUGUCCUGCAAGUACAUCAUCUCUGUGGAGCCAAGAUUCGAUAUCACUCUCAACUUCACUGACAGCUUCCACAUAGACAGCAUGGACACUGAGCAAGGUCCCAGGUGUCUUCAUCACUGGCUGCAGGUGACCAUCCCAAACAGAGAGCCCAUGAAGCUGUGUGGUGCAAAGAGUCCAGGUCUGAUAGAUACAAACUCCAACACUGUCACACUGGAGUACCACACUGAUGUUAAGGGACUGAGUCGCGGCUGGAGUCUGGACUACAGCACAUCUGUUGGUGUAAUUAAUUGUGGAGAACCUGAACCUUUGCUGAAUGGAGGGGUGACCUUCCUGUCUGGCUCUCAGAACCAGCACCUUUCAGUUGUUCAGUAUCACUGUAAUGAACCCUUUUACACUCUCCCUGGGGGCAAAAAUGUAACUUUUACUUGUGAAGCAGACAGAAAGUGGAGAUCAAACCAGAGCAGUGUCACUCCAACAUGUGUACCUGUCUGUGGCCAGCCCACAAAACUCAUCUCUACCUAUCAGAGGAUCCUUGGAGGCAGCGAUGCUCCACAGGACACCAUCCCCUGGCAGGUGCUCCUGACUGGAAAUGGAAUAGCAGGGGGCAUGGUGAUUGGAGACCGCUGGAUUUUGACUGCAGCUACUAGUGUAAUGUCUACAGGAAAUCAAUCAUCACCUGAAUCUGUCCUGGUUUUCAUUGGAGGAACUAAUGUUAAAACUCUGUUGGAAUCUCCUGUACCUGCUGCUUCAAUCCACGUUCACCCUGAGUACAACAACCCCGACUUCAUUAACUACAACCAUGACAUCGCCUUGAUCAAACUGCAAGAUCCAAUCACAUUCAGCUCCUCCGUUAUGCCAAUAUGUUUACCAGCAGAGGAUGCCACAUACCACAAUGGCGAGAUGGGACUGGUGUCAGGCUUUGGUCUUGUACAGUAUGGAGAGCGACAGAUUUUAACAAAUACGCUGAAAUACUUGCAACUCCCUGUGGUGGAUCAAGAGACGUGCAGUCAAUCAAUCACUUCUUUGGCGCAGUCAGGUGAUCAAGUACCAGAUCUGACAAACAACAUGUUCUGUGUUGGAGUCCCUGAAGGUGGGAAGGACUCCUGUCAGGGUGACACUGGCGGCCCCUUCGCUCUGAGGAGUGGCGGACGGUUCUGGGCUGCUGGGAUUGUCAGCUGGGGGGUCGACUGUGGAAGACAGGGAACAUAUGGCGUCUAUACCAGAGUCACUAACUACCUGAACUGGAUCAACAAGACCAUGCAGGAGAACUGAAAUUUGAUGAAACUAUAAUAAAAACAAAUUAAAAACAGAACUAAUAUGCUCUAAAUAUACUCUUAUUAAAGCAUUUGUUGUCACGAAACAAUGAUGUUAUGGCAGUCUUCCAGUUGACAAUGAAAUGAUCAAGUGCAAAUUUCAACAAUUUCUACUUGCUUUUUUCAAUAAAGUGACAUACGACAGACUUGUAACUCACUAUUUCA